UAUUAAUUUUUAACUUGCAAAAAUAAUCCUCCAUAAGAAGGAAAGAUGUCUGCUGACGAGUUUGUGUGGUCAGUGAAGAACGGACAGCUAGAGAAAGUGAAGGCUUACGUAGAUAGUAAAAAGGGCAAGUUUGACGUCAAUGCACAAAUAACUGGCGGUAGGAGUCCAAUCCACUUUGCAGCUGAUUAUGGUCAGGAAGAAGUCAUAGACUACCUCGUUAAACAAGGAGCAAACGUUAACUUACCUGAUGCACACGGGAUAACACCAUUACUAUGUGCCAUCUGGGAGGGUCACCCUGAUUGUGUCAAAUUCCUCAUUAGCAAGGGAGCAAAGAAAGACGGGAAAUCUCCAGAUGGUGUAUCUUACCUGGAUUGUGCUGAAACCUCAGAAAUAAAAGAUCUUUUGAAAUAACGAACUACAUUAGAUUUAGCCUACUCGUUCUAACUCUAUUCCAAUUAUUAUUGCUUUUUUUGUUAUGAAUGCCAUAUCGUAGCUUGGAUAUCAUUUUGUGUUUAUUGUGUGUGGAGGUCUCCUUUUCUCACACCUCUUGUUUUGAUUAUCGAUUCUAAUUUAAUUUGUGUUUUCUUAA